GCAACGUAUUCAGAACACAAAGGCGUCGCAGUUCGGACGCAGCGAAUGAAUUGAAAACUCACGUCUACGUCGAUAGAGCAACAUUAUUCCAAGACACAACAAAAGAGCAGCUAAACGAAUUGUUUGUUUGUUUGGUCGAUUGGUGAAGUAAUGAGAACCAGUUUCUUGUGCAGUGUUAAAUAAAAAACAACAACAAAACACACACACAACAACGGAAAACAAGUGAGGAAAAGGAAACAAUAAUCACACACACACAGCCACACUCCCUUAUUCGUUUACUGAAAGAGUAAGAGCGAGAGAGAGCCUCAUGUGCUGUGUUGAUGAGAGCCAAAUUGGUGGCGUAUGAGUUUUGUGUGCGUUUCUCGCUUUCGAGGUUUGAGUUUUAACGGCCGCCAAACAAAAAGACAGUUGUUUAACGAUAACGAACGUGUUAAGAACGUUUUUGGCAAGAAGCGAAUGAACGAAAUAACAGCGGGUCAAGUGUGAAGUGAACAGAGCAAAAAGAAAUAAAAAAAAAAACAAGAAUAUUAAUCAAAGAGAAUUCUCCAAAGACAAAGGCAUUUGUGUCUUUGUUCGGCUGAAGAAUUUAACAGUGCAUUAAUUGAGGAUCACGAAUUCUAAUUGAAUUUUGAAAAAGAAAAUAACAAACAAAACAGCUAAAUAAAUAAAAUAAUUUUUACCAAAAUAUUUCACCUUUAUUGUGAAUAUUUUCGUUUGAGUUGCUGUUGCGUGUAACAAACAGCCAAUUAUAAAUUAGUGGUAGUGUGUCAAUGUCUGAGUAGACGACUCCAUCACCUCCCAGCCCCACCAACAACAACAACUGUAGUUUACUUGACACUCACGUGCUGACCAAAAAAAAAAAUAUUCGAAAAAAAAUACAACGGAUUGGAAAAUUAAAUGUGAUUGUGGUGCAACAUCAUAAACAAAUUUUUGACAACUAAUUCAAUAGAAAUCAGGCUUUGAUUUCGCGUGUUGCCGUAGCAUUCAGCCCACCUAGGAACAACAUAUAUUGUGCAAUUUAUUUAGUAAAACCAAUUGAAAAUUUUCCAAUUUAUUUGCACAAAAGCAACAAAAACAACAACACUCCUGCCGUUUGUGUUUUUUUGUUACCAUUUCUAUUAAAAGUUAAAAACUUACCUGAUUCCGACGAAUUGCAAACUAGCAAAUGUAAAUAAAGUGUAUCAUCCAAUUUUUUGCAAUUUUUUUUGAAAAGUUUUUCUAAACGCGGAAAAUUUGCCGAAAUCAAACAAAUUGAUUGUUGGCUCCGAAUAAAAUAAAAAAAAAUAUUAAAACUCAAAUAGAAAAUCUAGUUAAAAAUAAUAUCGAACCGAACCAAACCACACCACAUCAGCAAGGCGGCCAGCCACCAAUCAACAAAGUCUACAAAAACAACAACAGAAGCAGCGGCAGCAGCAGUAUGGGGCCCAUAGGCAAACUAAAACUGGGCCAAAAUCCAAUGGCAACAGCCACAAUAGCGGCAGUAGUUAUUCUUAUGAAUUUUAUCGUAAUAGCAUCCGCCGCCGAUGUACCAAAACUGGAAAUUUUCCCCUCACAAAAGGUCCAAAGAAAAGCUGUGGGACAAGCCAUGAUCCUAACAUGUCGUCCGAAUGUGCCUUCACCAAAUUUGGUGGCCGAUCUGCAAUGGAAGGAUAAUAUGAACAAUACAAUUUUACCCAAGCCUAUUGUAAAACAAAUGUCAAACAUGCACCAAAUUUAUCAACCAGUGUAUGAUUCCAAAGGACAUAGAAUACGUGAGAAUACGGGACGCAAUCCUCCCAUGUUCACGGAAUACAUGACCGGUACCGAAAGUUUGGCGCUUAUUAUCAACCACCUUAGCGUGGAGAUGGAGGGCAAAUACUAUUGCACAGCAUCCUAUGCCACCAAUGAGAUCCUGGAGACCAGUGUUACGGUUAAAACUUAUGUUGGCAUUACAUGGACAAAUGCACCGGAAAAUCAAAAUCCCAUUCUGGGCGAAGACUAUGUGGUCAGAUGUGAGGUUAAGGCAGAUCCCAAUCCAACAAUCGAUUGGUUGAGAGAUGGAGAUCAGAUACGCACCGGCGAAAAAUAUGUCGUCGAGACCAAUGGCCUCUUGAUACGCAACGUCCAGGAAUCCGAUGAUGGCAUCUAUACCUGCCGUGCUGCCGUCUUGGAAACCGGUGAAUUAGUGGAACGCACCAUACGCGUUGAAGUCUACAGCCGUCCUGCCAUUACCUAUCUGCCCACCACUCUGGAGGCCACCGAGGGCAAACCCUUCUCCGCAAAUUGCACAGCCACCGGUAAACCCGUGCCCGAGAUCUUCUGGAUCAAGGAUGCCACCCAACAGAAUGUGGCCACCGCCGACCGCUUCCAAGUGAAUCCCUUGACUGGUGUCUUGAAUAUUAACUCAGUAACUCAGGAUGAUUAUGGUACUUACACGUGUAUAGCCAAGAAUGAUGCUGGCGUGGUGGACCAGAAGACCAAGUUGAAUGUGUUGAUCACUCCCUCCAUCCACUUUUUGUACAACGUCACCGGCGAUAGCCAAAAAGAGAUUGCCCUCACGUGCCGAGCCAAGGGUCGUCCAGCCCCUGAAAUCACAUUCAGUCGUUGGGGCAGUGACGAUGAAUAUGCCGCCGGUGUUCAAGUCGAUGAUGAGCGCAUUACCCUGGAGCAACAUUUCGACGAAGAGAAGGGUGAAAGCUCCGGAACUCUGAGAAUCGCCCGUGCCCAACGCAGCGAUGACGGUCUCUAUCAAUGCAAGGCUCGCAAUACCGGAGGCACUGCCUACGCUACCGGUCACAUCACCGUCCAAUUCCCACCAGAUUUCUCACACAUGAAAGACUUGCCACCCGUAUUCAGCUGGGAGGAGCGCAAGGUCAAUCUCACCUGCUUGGCCAUGAGCAUACCAAAUGCCACAAUUGAAUGGCGCUGGAAUGGCAAACCUCUGAAGGAUCUCAACGACAAGAAUCUGCAAAUUGUGGGAACUGGUCCACGCAGUGAUUUGAUUGUCCAUCCCGUUGCUCGCCAGUAUUAUUCUGUCUACAAAUGUGUGGCCACAAAUAUUCUUGGUACCAGCCAAAUCGACAUCCAGCUGAAGGAAGCCCGUGUACCCGAACCUGUGCCAGCCGCCGAACCUAAACAGUUGACGGCCACGAGUAUUACCUUUGACAUACGCAGUCCCCCCGUAGAAUUCGGUAUGCCGAUAACGGCGUUUACUGUGCAAUACAAGGAGGCCAUUAAUCCCGAUUGGUCGACGGCCAUGAAUCGUAGCUGGUCACCUGACUCACCGUACAUUGUUGAAGGUCUCAAGCCCCAGACAAUGUAUCACUUCCGUUUUGCAGCACGCAAUCAGGUUGGCUUGGGCAUGUGGGGCGUGAAUACCCAACAGUCGACACCCAAACGUUCUGCACCCGAAGAGCCCAAGCCACUGCAUUCGCCCGUGCAGAAUGACAUUGAGGAGCCCGUUGUUGUUUCACCCUACUCUGAUCAUUUCGAACUGAGAUGGAGUGUGCCAGCUGAUAAUGGUGAACCAAUUGAUUUCUAUCAGGUCAAAUACUGUCCGGGUGUCAAAAUGGCCGGAACUUGGCAUGAGCUGGAAAAUCAAUGCCAAUCCGUUGAAGUGGCCGACAGCACCUCCUAUGAAAUGAGCCGCUUGGCUGGCAACACCUACUAUCGCAUUGAAUUGCGGGCCCACAACAUCAUCGGUUUCUCAUCGCCGGCGUCCGUCAUCAUGAAAACCACAAGAGGCAUCGAUGUAAUACAAAUGGCUGAACGACAAGUACUAUCCUCGGCCUCAAUUGUGGGCAUUGCUGUGGGCGGUGUCUUGCUGCUGCUGUUCAUUGUCGACUUGUUGUGCUGUGUGACCAUCAAUAUGGGUGUUAUGGCCAGUAUGUGCAGGCGCACCAAGAGAUCGCCAUCGGAAAUCGACGAGGAAGCCAAGUUGGGAAGUCCUAAUGGUUGGCGUUUCCCAAAACCUAAUUGCAGCGGCCAGCUAGUUAAGGAGCCCCCACCAUCACCGUUACCCUUACCGCCACCCGUCAAGUUGGGUGGAUCCCCCAUGGUUUCGCCAUCAGAUGAAAAGCAGCCUCUGCAAACUCCCACUGAAAGUAUAAAACAAAAUUCCACCGUUGAAUUUGAUGGUAAAUUUGUACAUUCACGAAGUGGUGAAAUAAUUGGUAAAAAUUCAGCAGUGUAAACAAACGGAAGUAUGCAACCCAUUCCCGGCAAGGAAUGGACGAUGAUGAUGAUACAACUACAACUACUACUACCCUGAUCACAAAAAGAUAAGAGAAAACAAGUCCGAAAGGAUUUCCUGCAAAAAUACAAAACCACACAAACUUUGGGAAUGAUUAUGCUUCAUUAUUAUUAUAAUUAUAAAAGUAAAUAACCGAGAUAUACUCUAUAUGCAUAUAUGACAAAGAAAACAACAACAACAACAUGUACAAUUAAUUUAAAAGAAAUCAUAGACAGUGAUUGCAUAAAAAAAUCAUGUAUUUUUAAGAAAGCCAUUAAAUGUAUUUUGUCAGCGGAAAAUAAUAACAUAAGCUUGAUAUCGAUAGCAUUCGAUAAAUUGUACAAAACACCAAGGCCGUGUUUACAUUAAACAUAAUGUAAAGUUAGGUUAUGUUUAUAUCAAACUUGCCAUGUUAACUUAAUGAGUUUGGCAACUUCAAUGACAGUUUUAGUUGAAGCUUGUUUGAUGUAAACAUAGCCGUAGCCUUGACGUGAUGACACCUAAGUAGCUUUGCAUCAUGACAUAGCAUAUUAAUGUCAAAUCAUAAGAAAAAACGACGGCAGGAUUCGAGUUCGACUCUGACAUCUCUUUAUGAUAUGUCACAAUGACAUGCCAUGACAUGAUGCCAAGCUGCUUUGGUAUUAUCAUUUUUCUUAAAUGUAAUUUUAUCGAUAGAAGGCUUAAGUUAUUAUAUAUACCCAAUAACAUUUCUAUGUAUUUUUGUUCAUCAAAUGUCAUGCUAACAUUUUUGAAUAUAUAUUAUAUCAUGACAUGACAACAUCAGGUUAUUUUUUAUAUUCCUCACUAGUUUAAAAAUGUUUUUGAUUUUUAGUAUUAUUAAUUUUUAUACAACAUAUACAUACAUAUAUCAACAUGUUCUAUUCAUUCAUUUAUUGCCUUAAUUAUAGUACUCUUUUUUGUUUGUUUUAAUUAUAAGAUUUAGUCAUAAUUUCGAAAGGCAUAGUUUAUUAUGCAACCAUAAAAAGAAAACAAGCAGCAAAACAAAUUCAUCACUCAAAACAAAGUACAUGCCAUUAUAAUUUUAAGAGGAAACCAAAAUAAAAACAUUUUCAUUGCAAUUUCGAGAGAGAAAUUGUCACUAGAAUAAUGCAUUGAUGAAAUAUUUAUAUACAUUAUUUUCCACCUAUUUCAUUUGAAUACUAAAAAUUUAUAAUAAUAUUUUUAUAAAAUAUUAAAAACGCCAUGACAUGACAUGACACUGUGCUACAAGAAAAAAUAACCUUUGCUUUCGAAAAAUGUACUAUAGAGAAACUUUUCGGAAUUUGUUUAGUUACCGAAAUCAAAUUUGCAACAAAAAUCUAAAUUAUGAUUCAAAAUAGACCGACAGAGGAUUUUUACGGCAUUAUUUAUCUCAAGCGUGUUUACAUCAAAUUCCAACACAUUUUUCAAUAAAUAGGCUGCUUAACUAAAGAUUAUACUCUCUUGAUGUAAACAUAGCCUAAGCUGCCAGCGUCGUCUCUAAAGAUCCCUAAUCCCUUCCAAACCAGCUGACUACCAAAUUCAAUGUCAAAAUGCAUCAUUGUGAUUGAAAUCACAGGACAAAGGAUAAACAAAGUGGCGAAAAGUGUAAACAAAUUUUGACAUUACAUUUGGUUUUCUUAAAUCUGCAGGAACACAUUGUUAUUUGGUCUGUUCCAGAAAUGCAAAAAUGUUACAAUUUUACUACAAUAACCUAUUUUGCAUUUAUGAUAUCGAAAAUAAAAUUGUAAAAAUAGUAGAUUCAUGCAGGUUCAGGAACGGAGCAUUAGUACAUUAGAUGUAUAGAUUGAAUUGAAUUGAUAUUUAAAAGAUAAAAAGUAAAUAAAUUUUGACUAAGCACGCUUUUCAACAGCUGGUUGAACCUCUAAUUAAAGCAACAUGUAAUUGUCCAUAGUUGGUUUAGGUUUUUUUUAUAUUAUUAUUUUUUUUUUUUUUGUGAAAGCACAGUGUUGCAGAGUCAAAACACGAAUAUAAAUUUCAGAACAUGACAGUUACGGUGAGAAAACAUAAUACGCCUUUUUGACUAUCUUAAGCCAUCGGCUGGCUUCUACGGAAAUGAACGAAGAAGCUAGGGUCAAAAUCGAACUAAGUCAACCUAAAACUCCUUUGUUUCUCCGCGAAGAAGUCAGCCGAUGACUUAAGCCAAUCAAAAAAGCUUUUUAUGUACUCUCACCUUUAUUGUUUUUUUAUAAAUUAAGAAUUAUUUAAAAUUGAAUAUUUAUUGGUACUUAACAAAAUUUCAAGAGACUUAUUCUAAUUUUUGGUUCUGUAUUUUUUUAUAUUAUACCAAAUCUAUAUAAUGUUAAUGUAAGUGUAAAUUGUGGCUUAUGUGAAUAAAAUUUCAGCUAAUAAGAAAAAACAAAUAAACAAUAAAUAAAAACAAAUAAUACAAGCAAACGUCAAAGUCAUUCUAAUAUAAAAACUCCAUGACAAAACAAAAAAUGCUCAAUAUAUUUAUUAUUAAAAGAAUAUAUAUACGACAUUCUACAUAUUUUAUGUUUUAUUUAAUUUUGCCUUUAGAUUUAAUUGAUGCUUGGAAAUCUUAAACAAAUUCGUAAAUUAUUGCUCAAUAUUAAAGAAGAUAUGGAACAAAAGAAAAACUUAUCGAGAAAUUUCGAUAACCCCAGUCUUUCAUAGAAUACAUUUGUCAUUUAUACAUUUGUCACUUUUUGUCGCUUAUAUAGCGUUUACAUGACACAGUGUCAUCGAUUCCUUAAUAUGUGAAGACAAUUGCUUUAAUUCAGAUAAUGACGGAAAUCUAUUAGCUAUUCUAAUCAAAUAAGGGGUAAUCGAUAUUUUAGAUUCUUGUUUUUCACUUCUAUAUAUUUUUUUAAAAGAUUACAGCAAAAUUGCCUAACGUAAAAUCAUUUUUUAAGUUGUUUUUGAUUUUCUAAACUCACUUCUAGCUAAUCACCAGUGACAGUGUUUCUUUCCCAAUGAAGUUUUAUGUUACAAUUACAUCGCCAUAAUUUUUAUACAAAAAAAUAACAUUUUUAAAAUUGUAAAAUAUAAAUUUAAGAAAUUUAAGAAUAAUAAUAUAGGCUAAUUAUUAGUAAUAAGUAAAUGUAUUUAUUAGUCUUAAGAUUAACAAAAAACAAAAGAAACCAAUUUUUCCACCAAUAACUAUAUAUACAUACAAACAAAAUAAAACACAAUAAAAACUAUAAUAAAAACAUAAAAAAUAACUUUGUUUUCAUUUGCACAUGUUCUACUUUUGUUUUACUUAUUCUUUGCCCCAAGUCCAAAACAAAAACACAAGCGCCUUUUAAGAGCUUUUUAAAAUACAUACUCUACAAAUACAAAUUAAUAAAAAAAAUAUACAAAAAUAUUUCACAUACACAUUCAUAAAAUCAUGAACUUUGUACAAAACUACAUUAUGUACAAAUAUGUACCAUAAGCUUAAAUGUGUAGCAUGAUAAAACCCCUUUUCAAUAAUUUUCGAAAAAAAAAAAUUAAAUUAUAAAAAAAUCAACAAAUUAUUGAAAUGAGUUUUAUUUUGUUUCGCAUUGUGCAUACUCAAAAAAGUUCUAUGUUUCGUAAAAAAUAUAAAAAUUAUACAAAUUAAAAUAAAAAAACAAUGUUAUGGCGAAUUUAAAAUUAUAAAAUAAAAUAUAAAGUCUCAAUCUCAAUAAAUAAAUCAAAAUAUUUUAUAUUUAUAUAUAAAUAAAAGUAACAAAAAGCCCGCAUAACAAUAAAACAAAUUAUUGAAAAUGCAUUUAAUUUUUUCUUUGAAUAAAACUAUGUUCUUGAUAUAUACACUCAAAUAACCCAAUUGACUAUUGAAAUGGCUAAUAAGACAUAAAUACUGAUGUAGCUUUUCUAUUACAAAAACAAAUUAAAUAUUAUAUGGAAUUUUAUUUCUGAAUGAAGAUGAUUCUUAAACAAAUUGCAGACAAGAAUAAAAUGAAAAUGAC